AUGGGUCGCGAAGACCAGAUUGAGGAGCGUGAAGUGCUCGAUUCAAUCUUCCCUGACGAAAUUACCGACAUAUCCGAAACCUCGUACCGAGUAACCAUAGCCCUCGAUGCCCUUGAAUAUGAAGGCGACGAAACGGAACAACCCGUGAUAUGCCUGGAAGUUUCUUACCCUGAGGAUUACCCCGAUGUUGGCCCAAAUCUUACCAUUUCCUCUCCGCCCAACGCCGUGAAGCAUGCUCGACUAGAUGUCCAGGAAGACAGGGACCUACUGAUGGAGUCUCUUCAGCCUACAAUCGAAGAGAACUUGGGCAUGCCCAUGAUAUUCACACUGGUCAGCGCACUUAAGGAAAGCGCAGAACAACUUAUGAUCGAGCGAGCAGAUGCCAUUCAGGCUGAGAAAGACCAAGUCGCUGCAGAGAGAGAGGAGGAGGAAAACCGAAAAUUCCAUGGCACACCUGUCACGGUCGAGUCGUUCUUGGAGUGGAGUGCCAAGUUUAAAAAGGAACAGGAGGAGGAGGAGCUUCGGGCCCGCGAAGAAAAGGAAUCGGAGGACAAGAAGAAAAAGCCCACGAAAGAGGAGAAAAAACUCACAGGCCGGCAAUUGUGGGAGAGAGGCUUGGCCAAGGGUGAUUAUGAUGAGGAAGAUGAUGAUGCCUUGCCGCCCGUUGAGAAGCUCAAAGUGGCUGCAUGA